ACGCAGGGAUGAGAAUAGAAAACAUGCUCAAUUUAAGAUAAAAUAUAACUAUUAUAUGGGUGUAACAUAGUUUAUUUUUGUUACUUUAUAUAAUUUGUGACUUUGAAUUGAUUGUAGUUUUAGUUUUGAGCCUUUUGAUGGGGUAAAUAAGGAAGUUCUAUUUUUGCUUUACGCUACUUAUGUACUGUCCUCACAACCCAGAUUUAUUACUGAUAUAAACUACCAAAAGUAAGUGAACGUGAACUGAACUUUAGCAGACAUUUUUGCUAUCAUGGCUUCUUCGUUUAAAAUCGGAGAGAGAUUUCGGGAGAAGGCGAGAGAUUUACUGGAGAGAGAAUCUGCCAUAUCAGAAGAGCUGAAGGAAGAGUUGAAUGCUCUGAAAGAUCAUUCCAUCAUUCCAUUCAAGACUGUGAGAAAACUACACAAGCUUCUUCAAGAAAAUGGACAUCCAGUGUAUCUUCAUGAGCUGUUUGAGGACAGCGCACUUCAUCUUCCAGAAGUCAUCAAACCUCCAAGGAACCCCCAGCUGGUGGCCCGCCUAGAAAAAAUAAAAGCAAAGCUUGCCAAUGAAGAAUAUAAGAGAAUAACACGGAAUGUAAAUCCACAGGAAAUGAAUAAUCAUGGAAACUUAGCAGACUUUGGAAGAGAAGUACGUUCUGUGAAGGCAGUUGUCGUUACUGUAUUCAACUUUCUGGUAACUGUAGUUGCAGCAUUUGCUUGUUCAUAUCUGGGCACCCAGUAUAUCUUCACAGAGACGACAGCAAGAGUAUUAGCUGCAGUGAUUGUAGCAUCUGUUGUCGGUCUUGCUGAGCUUUAUGUUCUCGUCCGGACUAUGGAGGGAGACCUUGGAGAGCCCUAAUAUCAACUAACAUCAUCCAAUAUUUCCAUAUGUUUUGUGUCAUUCUUUCUGUACAGCUUACAUUUGUUUUGUUUUUUUAUUCUUC